AUGUCCAUGGGCUUCCUCGUACCACAAGAUAGCCCCAUCGCAUGGCGAGGCCUGAUGAUCCAGAAAGCCAUGAAUCAGCUCUUGUUUGAAGUGAGCUGGCCCAAGCUUGAUCUACUCAUUCUCGACCUACCGCCUGGAACGGGCGACGUGCAACUUACAAUUACGCAGAGUAUCGAGCUUACUGGUGCCGUGAUCGUCUCGACACCCCAAGAUCUAGCCCUUCGAGACGCAGUCCGCGGUAUUGAUCUCUUCAAAAAGGUCAAUGUACCUAUCCUGGGCAUGGUGCAGAACAUGAGCACGUUCGCUUGUACAAAUUGCGGCCACAAACACGACAUCUUCGGCCUCGACGGCGCGAGGAAGAAAUGCGAUGAGCUCGGUGUGACUCUACUGGGUGAUAUCCCGCUACAUCCUCAGAUCUGCCAUGAUGCGGAUAUUGGUAAGCCAAGUGUUGUCGCUAGUCCCGAAGGACCUCAGGCGCAGGCUUUUCAUGCUGUGAUGGAGGCUGUAGCGAAGUCUGUCGGCUUGCGAUGA